GUGAUUCUCAUCCAUCAUGCGUCUCGCUGUCGCUGUUGCUGUCCCGCUGCUGGCCGCCACCGGCGUCGCAGCCACAGCCGCAGCCACCGGCUGCUCCGCCCUCAACGCCUCGUCCCUCUCCGCCGAAAUCUUCUUCCCCACUUCCGAUGUCUACCGCUACGAGGCGCAGGAGUUCUGGUCGAAUACCGAGAUCAUGGCGCCGGGUUGUGUGUUUCGGCCGCAGUCGAGCGAGCAGUUGGCGAGUGGUGUCGAGGCGCUGGUGAAGGCGGAGGCUGAGUUUGCUGUUAGGGGGGGUGGGCAUAUGGGUAUUCGGGGCUCGAAUAACAUCGACGACGGUGUUCUGGUUGUCAUGUCCAACUUGACGACGUUGGAAUUAUCGGAUGAUCGCUCCGUCGUGUCCAUUGGGCCGGGGUAUCGCUGGUCCGACGUCUACGCCUACCUCUCCCCCUACGGCCUCGCCGCCGCAGGAGGCCGUCUCGGCCCCGUUGGCGUGCCGGGCCUGCUCCUCGCUGGUGGAAUCAACUACUACGGCAACCAGGUCGGGUUCGGCUGCGACACCGUGAUCAACUACGAGGUUGUCCUUGCGAACGGCUCCAUCGUGAAUGCCAACCGCUCCAGCCAUGCGGACCUGUUCUGGGCGCUCAAGGGCGGAAGCAGCAACUUUGGUAUCGUUACGAGGUUCGAUAUGGAGACGAUUGAUUCGCCCCUCGUCUGGGCGGGCAUUUAUACGGUUGCUGAGGAGUAUGUGGGGAGGUUUUUGGAGGCUACCGCCACCUACGCGGCCAACAUCUCCAACCCCAAGACGCAUAUCGUUCCUGCCCUGGUGCCCGAGGACGGAGCCACUCUUGGAUCCGUUAUUUUGUUCUACGAUAGCGCCAACGAGAGCUACCCCGACAUCUUCAAGCCGUUCACCGAUAUCCCCGCCGUGAGCAGCACGCUGGGCUUCAAGACGCUGUAUGAGUUUGCCGAGGAGACCGGCGAGGUCGUGACGCCGCAUAUCAACGACAUCUUCGUCGCCGGCACCAUCAAAGCCCCCAACUACUCGACCCUCCUCUCCGCAAUCAGCCUCAUCAACACCACCUUCUUCGCCCAACUCCCCAAGCUCACCGCGCAGAUCCCCUCGUCCAACAUCUCCAUCAUCGAGCUCGACUUCCAGCCCAUCGGGUCCGCCUGGCUCUCCGCCUCCGCCUCCCGCGGCGGAAACGCCCUCGGCCUCAACGCCUCCGAGAUCUAUAUCUGCUACGCGGAGGUCGUCGAGUGGAUCGGCGAGGCGUAUGAUGAUAUUGUGAAUCAGUGGGUCGAGGAGACUACGUAUCUUAUUAACAAUAAGACCCUCGAGGCGGGGUUCUAUGAUCCCUUUAAUUAUAUGGGUGAUGCUGCGGGCUUUCAGGAUAUUUUUGGUGGGUAUGGUGCCGGGGGGUUGGAGAGGUUGCGGACUGUUGCGAUGAGGUAUGAUCCCGAUGGGGUUUGGCAGAGGUUUAUGCCUGGGGGGUUUAAGGUUUUUUGAGUGGGAUCGAUGGGGAUGGAGUGUUGAAUGAUGAGGAGGGAGGGACCUUCCUGCUUACUGGCAGAAGGAUGUUGAGACUUUUUUUUUUUUUUAACUCUAGGGGUUGGGGGUGUUGAACCAAAU